GGACUUUCUGUGUGGUUUUUACGGAGAAGACAGAGUCCUGGUAGCCAUUCUCACCAUCUCAGGAGAGGCUCCCUCCAGCGUCUGGGUUUCUAUUCUUGCCUGAGGGAGUCGCUCUGUCUGUCUGUGAUAUUUAAAAAAUGGUGGUUGGAUAAAUAAAUUGGGCAGCUGCCAACAUGAUAUGUACUAGCCUUGGCUAACACAUAGAGAUUUCAAUUUAAUAUAUUUUUUUCCUUCUUAGUGCCUAUAGAAGCUAGAUUUGUAAUGCUUUUUGGCUCUUAGCUGAGAAACCAUAUUCUCUUGUUGGCUGGGACAAUUAUUAGCUUGAGAAUCCAGGCCAAACCAUAACAAAUUAUAACCAUAGUAGUAAACAGCCACCAGCCCCAACGCUGUGUGGGACCUGGAGAAAUGAAGCAGAAAUAAAUGUAAACAUUUAUCAACAUCUCCAAAUAGUUAUUUUCAUCUUACAUAAUAGUAAAUUGUUUGAAAUUACUGUCAUUUGAUGGUCUUGUUUAAGAAACUAUAGGUCAAACAAGAUUUUCUUGUAACAUAGCUUUUAAAAAAUAAUUCCCUUUUUAAUUUUUGACCCUUGGAUUUUCAUUUUCACCUAUCGAAUCUGUUCCCUGAAGAAAUUCGAGAGCAGCGUUAAAUUCUAUCCUCCCCUGCCAAGCGCUUUUUUAUAUAUGCAGAGGAGAAACUUUCCCGGCUUGGAAUCGCUGGGGCACAGGCAAAGAUUUGUAGGCAAAGACUGACCCGGUGGGCAGCAGCUGCUUUCAAGGGGACACAGUAGGCUCUGUGGAGGCAAACCUUAGCUCAGCUCAGCUCUUUCACAAUAUUUUCCCUUUGGUGCAAGUGGGGUCAGAAAUAAAAUUGAAAAGCAAGGGAGAAAUUAAGGAAGCCAUUGCCAGAUUCCUAGGGGCGUAUUGCCAUUCCCCCAAGUCCUGAAUCCCAUCAGCCUGCAUUUGCCAGUUUUACAGAUGUUAUGAACACCCUCCAGAAAUUCAACCAAAUCAUAUAGUCUUUCUUCAAUCUCCACAGAAUUGAGGAUUUUAGAGCUAAAUCGAGGUUUUACAAACCCAACGAAUGCAGUCGUAAAAUGCCACUAGAAAGGUAUAACAUUUUACAAAAUGAGACUGCUCCCUAUGCUGUAAAAGUCAACUGUCUCCAAGGCACACCUCAGGAGAUAUCCACAAGGCAGGAGAGAGAAGUCCAGAACCGGGUUUUCAUGUCCUGCCUGGGUAAGGCCAGUCCAGGGGCCACGGCAAAAGCAAUUCAGGUGGUUUCUGUAGCCAAUAAGACAUAUUCCUGGUUCUGGGGCAAGUGCUGAGGCAGGCCCUGAAACAGUCCCAGGAAAGGCAGGAAAGAGGGCACACCCCAGGACAGUGAGGACAAUCAGGAACCCCAGAAACCAAGCACAUCAAUUAUCCCACAGCUUUGCCUCACCCGCCCACCUCCCAGGCAACCAGCUGCCCUCUAUGUUCGGCUGGGCCAGGGACCCUGAGUCGUCUGUGCCUCUGGAAUGAGGACAGAGGUUCCACAACUGGAUCUGUCUCAGCUCUGAACAGUCGGGGUGGCGGGAGAGCAAGAAGGAAGCAGUUUCCAUUGCUGAAUUUGGAGCUCAGUCUCAAGGCCAGUCCUGUACAGGUUCCUUUCCUGUUGAAACCAGUGCUUUCCGGCUUCUCUUUUCCUGGGUUCAGAGGCGAGAUGGGGCUCACAGCUUGUGUGGUGCUUUGAGGCCAGCAAAGGAGACGUGUUGUACGUGGGCGGUGGGGGCUUGUGGGGUAAGAGACCGUUCCCUGGUCAAGAAUGUGAGCCUUCUGCUCUCAGCAGCGAGGCCCAGACCCUUGGUGGGAGCUGGGAAGUAAAGGAGGGGAUGCACCGCUUCCUAAAGCACAGGAGUGAGGUGCUGGGCGUGAAGGCCUGGUUUCCCAGACCCCUUCUGCAGCUCCAGAACCCGCACCUACGGGAAGGGGAGCGCAGGGGGAGGGGCAAACUCAAGACCCUGCUGGGAGGGCAGGCAGGCGGGGAGCAAAGCCAUCCUUGUCACGCCCCUCCGGGCGCGGGGCUGUCAGGUUUCCUGUUUGGAAAGAAAACGCAGCAACAUCCAACACGGCAAAAAGGGGAGGAGGAAAUAGCGGGCCUGGCGGGGCCUUUGCGGCAGCCGGAUGCUGGUGCCCCUACCCCGGCCUGAUCUGUACUCCCCUGCCCGGGCCGUGCCCGCCGCUGGCGUUCGGGAAAAGCUGGGCCGGCUGGCUGUGUGCGCCCAUUAAUCUGCCGGGCGGGCGGCGGGCGGGCGGGCUGGGGGCUGUUUGUAACUUUGCUGCCUCGGUCGCCGCGGUCCCCGGGGAGCGGGCUCCGGCGCUCUCUCCCAUUGGCCGUCGCUGUGUCAGCUGGUGCGAUUUGCUGCUGUCGCUUUUGGCGUUCGGCCAUCCAGAAACAAACCAGUUCGAUGACUACUAAUAGUUAUAGCCAGAUGUACUAAUACACAACAAAUCACAGUCCUGCAGAGGGGCGCGCAAAUGAGUUCCUAUUUUGUGAAUCCCACUUUCCCCGGGAGCCUGCCCAGCGGCCAGGACUCCUUCUUGGGCCAGCUGCCCCUCUACCCGGCUGGCUAUGACGCGCUGAGGCCCUUCCCAGCCUCGUACGGGGCGUCGAGCCUUCCGGACAAGACGUACACCUCACCUUGUUUCUACCAACAGUCCAACUCGGUCCUGGCCUGCAACCGGGCGUCCUACGAGUACGGGGCCUCGUGUUUCUAUUCUGAUAAGGACCUCAGUGGCGCCUCGCCCUCGGGCAGUGGCAAGCAGAGGGGCCCCGGGGACUACCUGCACUUUUCUCCCGAGCAGCAGUACAAACCCGACAGCAGCAGCGUGCCAGGCAAAGCCCUCCAUGACGAAGGCACCGACCGGAAGUACACGAGCCCUGUUUACCCCUGGAUGCAGCGGAUGAACUCCUGCGCGGGUGCUGUGUACGGGAGUCACGGGCGCCGAGGCCGCCAGACCUACACGCGAUACCAGACGCUGGAGCUGGAGAAGGAGUUCCACUUCAACCGCUACCUGACGCGGCGCCGCCGCAUCGAGAUCGCCAACGCGCUCUGCCUCACCGAGCGCCAGAUCAAGAUCUGGUUCCAGAACCGCCGCAUGAAGUGGAAAAAGGAAAAUAAACUCAUCAAUUCCACACAGCCCAGCGGGGAGGACGCUGAGGCAAAGGCGGGCGAGUAAGACGCCUGGGCAGGGACAAGGCCAGCAACCACAACCUCCCUCGGCUUUGCCCCCUUGCCUUCUCCUGUUCCCCAACUUUUCUCCCCGCCUGCUCCUAUUGUUUGGUGGGGGGGCUUCCGCAGCUUCAGGGGAGCCCGGAGCUUUGAAACGCCCGAGUAUUUCUUACAAAAUAAUAAUAACCCACACACAGCCAACCCUAGCGGUGGAGCAGGGCGCACUGCACACAUAGCCCGGCUCUCCAAGGCUGCCCAAGCCUGCUCGGGAUCCCAGGGCGCGCCCCGAAUUCGUCCCCGGCUCUUGUGCUAGCGUCUCUGUACGCCUCUGAGCUCGGGACGCAGGAUUACUGGAAAGGAAAGAACCCCAAGCCGAGCCCCUUUUGGUGCCUGGGAGUUACCGCCUCGGUCUCUUGCCACCAAGUCCCGGAGGAUACCACCAAAUCGACAGCGGCCACUGGAAAGAGGGGGCCUAAAGGCUGGGCCCCAGGAUUUCUGUGGCCUCCCAGGCCGCCCCCAGACAGGAAGAAAAGCGGGGAACAAAGGGUGCCCUGAGAGAGCCUGGGCUCUCGGCCCCGCGCCCAACCGUCCGUGGAAGAGGAGCAGCCUCAGCCGAGUUGAGCCAACCUGGGCGCGGGCGGAACUUUACAGCCCCGGGAGCGACUGGGCUCCCGAAGGCUCCGGGCUCUGGAUUCCGGCUGCCUGCCUCCGAUAGCGUCGGCCCUGCCAACAACCACAGCAGCUUUCAGGACCUAAGGAGGGAGCCCAGGGCCAUGGAAACAGCAAGAGUUCUGGUUUCCAAACGUGCCAGAGGUGCCUGCGACGCGCGGCCUCCAGCUUGGAGAUCCCUCCGUGACUUUCGGCUGUUUGAGAAUAUCUUUCGUCUUUUAGAACGCAGGAAAAUAACUACGGAGACACUAGGCACUGCCACGAAAUGCUUCCACUAGCACCCUCAUUUUACUCCUGGAUAUCUAAGCAAGACCAUAAUAAUUCAGUCCAUGGGUCCCCAGCCCCCAAGCAGCUUCUGUGGCUGCGGGGAGCCUGGGUUCACUCGCCGGCUUCACCGGGAACCCUCUGACUUGGGGCCUGGCUGGCUGGAGGAAAGGGACUCGUUGGUGAAAAUUCUCCAGAAUGGAUACUUAAAGCAAAUCAAAUAGCAAAUUAAUGACACGAAAGCCGUACUUAAAGAAAGAAAAAUCGACUCCAGUUAUAAAAGUGUAUGGAAUUUGACCUCGCCUCAGAGAAACACUACACAAAAGCUAUCUUUAAUAGACGCCUGUCAUUUAAGAGCGGCAGGGACACUGUCCCGCAUGCGCUCGCAAAAAACAGAGCCAUAAUUGUAGCUGCUGCUGAGGGCAGGAUUUAUUUCUCCAAUUGACUAAAUGGCCUCCCCUCUUCCCCGAAGGUGAUAUCUGUAUUUUAAAAUUUCAGAGCUGCCGGCACGACGGGCAGAACCGACCCCAACCUCGACACAAAAAUAAGGGGCUGCACAGCGGGAAAAUGAAGUUGUUGUAAAUAAAAUCCAAGUCACCAUCUCC